GCCUCCCGCUUCCCUCGGGCGCCUCCCGGCGGCCGACGACCCCGCACCCUGGGCGAGGCGCCGCACGCGAGCCCGGCAGCCAGUCAGCCCGUCCGUCAGCCAGCCAGGCCCCGGCGCUGGGCAGGGCCAGGCCGGGCCGGGCCGAGCCUCUUCCUGGCGCUGCCGAGCGGCCUGCGCGAGCCCAAAGCCGCGCCGCCGCCUCCCGCCCAUGGAUUUCACAUAGCCGCCGCCUGGGCCGCCCGCCGCCGCCGCCGCCGCGCGCGCCUCUCUCCGCCCGGCGCCCUCCGCCCAUGGCGGCCUCGGAGAGCCCCCCGGACGUGGCCUCGGCCUCCAGCUCGUCGCUCUUCCGCCUCCGGCACCUCCGCCUGGGGCUGCACUUGCGGCCCGACGCCCGCGCCUUGGCCGGCUGCUCGGUGCUGGAGCUGUGCGCCCGGCAGGGACGCCGAGCCGGCAGCAGCAACGGCGGUAGCCAGAGCCGCCGGCAGGCCCUGGUGCUGGACGCGCACCCGGCCUUGCGGGUCGCCUCGGUCGCCUUCCGGCUCUCCCCGGCCGGCGGUGGCGGGGGACGCUGCGGUUUCCUCUUCCCCGACGCCGCCUCGCCGGGCAGCGUGGAGAACCGGGGCGGCGGCGGCGGCGGCGGGGAUGGCGCCCCGAGGUGCCCCGCCUGGGACCCCGCUCCCGCCUCCUCUUCCUCCUCCUCCUCCUCUUCCUCGGAGCUGUCCGGCCCGGAGAGGUGCGACCCGGCCCCCGGGCGCCUCUUGACCCGCUGCCCUUCCCCGCCCACGGGGUGCCCCUCUCCCACGCCCCUCUCGGACCCCCACCCGCACUGCCCGCUCAGCACCCCAAGCGCACUUUCGGCCUUGGGGCCGCCCCUGGCCCCUGAGCCCCUGGCAGACCCCCUGGCCGCCCACCGCUGCCACCACAGCUGCCCGGUGGCAGGGCCCCCCGACUGCCUGGUUUCACCAGACUGCCCCCUUGCCCCUGGCUCUCAGGAUGGGACCCCUCCGCCAGACCCCGAGGGUGCCCUGAGGGUUGCAGCGGCUGCCCCGCACUCUCCCCUGGCUGCCCCGGCCAGCCCCGCCAACCACUUUCCGUGCUCCUUUUCUGACUUUCCUCUCGUGCCUGGGGUGCCCCCUCCACCCAUUCCCACCUUCCCCGACGACCCCGUGCCGGCCUCGGUGGCCCCUUGCCCGCUUUUCUUCAGGGUGGACCCCUUCACGGACUACGGUUCGGCCCUCACCAUCUCCUUGCCGUCUUCCCUGGAGCCUCACCAGCCCUUCCAGGUCAUCAUCCGCUACACCACGAUCGAUGCACCUGCUAUCUGGUGGCUGGAUCCAGAGCUGACCUACGGCAACGCCAAGCCAUUUGUCUUCACGCAAGGCCAUUCCGUGUGCAACCGCUCCUUCUUCCCCUGUUUUGACACACCAGCUGUGAAAUGUACUUACUCCGCCAUUGUCAAGGCUCCUGCAGGUAUGCAAGUGUUGAUGAGUGCUACCCAAAGCACCUAUGAGGAAGAAGAGGGCACCUAUGAGUUCUACAUGGAAUACCCAAUUCCUGCUUACCUUGUGGCACUGGUGGCAGGGGACCUUGUACCUGCAGACAUUGGUCCUAGGAGCAAAGUGUGGGCGGAACCGUGCCUGCUGUCAACAGCUAUCAGCAAACUCUCGGGUCGGGUUGAGCGCUGGCUCAGCGCUGCAGAGAGCCUCUAUGGGCCCUAUAUAUGGGGAAGGUACGACAUAGUUUUCCUUCCUCCCUCUUUCCCCAUUGUCGCCAUGGAGAACCCCUGCCUCACCUUCAUAAUCUCUUCCAUCCUGGAGAGCGACGAAUUCCUCAUCAUCGAUGUCAUCCACGAAGUGGCCCACAGCUGGUUUGGCAAUGCCGUCACCAAUGCCACGUGGGAAGAGAUGUGGCUGAGCGAGGGGCUGGCCACUUACGCUCAGCGCCGGAUCACCACCGAGACCUACGGUGCUGCCUUCACGUGCCUGGAGACUGCCUUCCGGCUUGAUGCCCUCCACAGGCAAAUGAAGCUCCUUGGGGAGGACAACCCUGUUAGCAAGCUUCAGGUGAAGCUGGAGCCAGGUGUGAAUCCUAGCAAUCUGAUGAACCUCUUCACGUACGAGAAAGGUUACUGCUUUGUUUACUACCUGUCUCAGCUCUGUGGAGACCCAGCACGCUUUGAUGCCUUCCUUCGAGCCUACAUCGAGAAGUACAAGUUCACUAGUGUUGUGGCCCAAGAUCUCUUGGAUUCCUUCCUGGCUUUCUUCCCAGAACUGAAAGAACAAUGCAUUGAGAGCAGAACAGGACUAGAGUUUGAACGCUGGCUCAAUGCCACGGGUCCUCCUUUAAUUGAGCCAGACUUAUCUCAGGGAUCCAGUCUGACCUGCCCUGUGGAGACGCUCUUCAGCCUCUGGACCGCAGAGCCUCUGGAUGCUGUGGCUGCUGCUGGCAGCGUUGAUAUCGCAGAAUGGCGGACGUUCCAGACCGUGCUCUUCCUUGACAGGCUGCUGGACGGGUCUCCGCUGCCCGAAGAGGUGAUAUCAAAGCUCUCUGAAUGCUACUCGGCUCAGCUGGACGGCAUGAACGCAGAGAUUCGCAUCCGCUGGCUGCAAAUCAUUGUCCGCAACGACUACCACCCCGAUCUUCACAAAGUCCGCCGCUUCUUGGAAAACCAGAUGUCGCGGAUGUACACGAUUCCAUUGUACGAGGACCUCUGCACCGGCACCCUGAAGUCGUUUGCCUUGGACAUUUUCUACCAGACCCAGAACCAGUUGCACCCCAACUUGCGGAAGACCAUUCAGCAGAUCUUGACGCAGGGCCUGAACCCACUCCUUGCCAUGGACGCGGCAGCUCUUGUGGCAGACCCUCUGGCUGCUGUGGUAGAGGACAAACCCCCAGAAGCUGCACACAGUGCCAUUUCUCUCAGGGACGUAAACGUUUCUGCUUAGCUCCCCAGCUCAUGCCGGGCGUUUGAAAGUGAAGGAGCAGCCAGGCAAGGGGCAACGUGAACCAAGUGCUGCCUCCUGACCCUCUGUGCCACAUCUUGGGGGGGGGGGAGAGAUUGGAUCUCUUGUCGUUGCUCCCACCCACCCCUGCCCCCAUUACACACACAAAUGUGCCUUCCGGUGCCCAAUUCGUUGGCACAGCCAGAUAUCAGGGAUGUCUCCUCUUCUAGCUGCAAGCGGGAACUGUUAUGGGAUGGAUCUGUUGACUUGAUGCAUCAUGAAUGUGGAUUCCAGGGCGACUUCUGUUCUCCCGCUGCCAACGGGAAGAGUUCUGUCUCGGGCACUUGGGAGGGGCUGUGUCCUCCAGGCCUUCAGAGAGGCAAAGUCGCCACUGGCUGUGCACUGACAAGGAAGUAAAGGGAGGGGGGGAACACUAUCAGGAUCAUGGAUAUUUGAAGGUUUGACAGUGCUCUGCAAAGAACAGAAAAAGGAGUGAUGGUGGAGUGUGUUCCGUUUUUGUGCUCCUUUACUGUGUUACUCAGGAGGUGGAAGGUUUAGAACAAUGCCUUCAAGCAAUGCCUUGGCUUCAUCAAGAUGGUCAAGCGUUAAAGGCUAGGAGACAGAGGGUGGAUUUGAAAUCCUCCCUCACUUCACUUCUGAUUUUCUACUUUGCCGGCUGCUUGACACCCAAACCCACUCAACCAACUGUAACGGGGCCAGGGGCCUGUUUUCCUAAAACUACGCUGCAAAACCAUCAUUAGUGUCUGGAACACAGCUCUGAAAACAGCAGGUAAGGAUGACUGGCAUCACCAACUCACAUUGCAAAUUAACAAGUGGGACGCAAUGGCAAACUCAGGCACAAUCCUCCGGUAACUUUCCACAUUGGUUAAGUGUGCAAAUUCUGCUCAUUUUAAAGGAGGCCAGAAGAAGUGAAGAUUCUGGCGGAUUGUCUCUCUGGUCUGUUGGUGCUUCCCAGUGGUCAUAGGAAUGGACAAACAGGCUAGGUCUUGAGUGAAGAAUGGUAUGCUUUGUGUCCUGUUCAGCCUGUGUCUUGGCUAAGGACAUUUUAAAGCCUCUCUCUCUCUGGAUGAGAAAGCAACCGUUGAAUAUGAAAGCCAGCUUCUUCCAAAGCCUUUCCUUCCUGGCCAUUAGGCAGAGAGAAACAGAGACUGACUAUGCAAUGCCCUUCUGACCAGCCAGCCGAACUGCCGUCGUGUCAAAAGUGAACGGAAGGGGCAACCGUAUGUAGAGGCAUUGGUGCAUCUUUCAGAAGAUGGCUGGAAGUGGACAAAAUGGUGCAGCGUCAAGUUUUCCUGCUGUGGGAGCGGCUGUGUUUUUAAUAUCUCUCUCUGAGCGCCUUUUUCUGCAAGAAGCAGAGAGCUGAGAAUUGAACAAAUAGGUCUAUAAAGAGGCUUCCAACGAAAGUCAAACAGGGUGCUGGAAAUUGCCAUAUCUUCCAGGGGUGGAGGCAGUACAGGAACGUGUGUGUGUUUUUA